GCUGCAGCAGUCAUGUUCACCCUGGGUGUGAUUUCAUUGGUCGUUGGCGGGGUUUGCAGCUUGGCUGGUCACAUUUCAGCUGAAGAAGUUGCCAGACACUUGCCAGAAGACAGGAUCUUUGACCCUCCUGAAGAUUCCAAAGCAGGUCUCAGACAUUUGAGUUUGGUGCCAAAGCUGGAGUGGACAGGCUUGGCAUUGCUCAUCACUGGGAGUACUUUUUUGUUAUUCGCAAACGCCAUCUUCGUAUGGAUAUGCUUGUCGGAAACUGGCAAACAAAGAUCUCAGCUUGCGGAUGAACACGGCCACACUAAUAUUGCGGAUGAACAAGGAUUUUCAAAUUACCACGAGGAACUCGAGAAUAAGCAGCAGGAAGUUGGUUUUGGCCAGCAAGAUCAAAAUAAUAAUGCUUAUGAUCACACUGGGUCUGAUGAUUUUGAUGAUUACGAUGACGACACGGUUUCCAGCAUGGCUAAGGGCAAAGUCAGGUUCACUGGGGUGUCCGAGAAGCCAAAAUCUUCCCUAAGGUCAAAAAUAUAUUUAUCUCCGAAAUAA